GACGGCGUUUCCAGUAUGGCGGCGCCCGGCGGAGCGGGGACCUGUGAGGACUUCGCCGAGUUCCAGGAGUUUCUCAGGGUGAUGAGGACGAUCGAUGACAGAAUUAUCCACGAAUUAAACACUACGAUUCCAACAGCUUCCUUUGUGGGGAAGAUUGAUGCCAGCCAGACAUGUAAAGAGCUGUAUCAGUCUCUGAUGGAUGCUCAUACCAGCAGGGAGAGAAUCAUCAAAAACUGCAUUGCUCAGACUUCCAAUGUAGUGAAAACUCUCAGAGAAGAGAGGGAAAAGGCCCAGGAUGAUGCAGCGUUAUUAAAGCAACUCAGGAAAGAGCAGACAAAGUUGAAAUUGAUGCAGUCGGAACUGAAUGUUGAAGAAGUGGUAAACGACAGAAGCUGGAAGGUGUUUGCAGCAUGUAUACAGAGGUUUGCACUGAGAAGUUGAAUUACUCUCUUUAGUUUGCUCUGAGCACAGAGGGAUAUCUCUUACAGUACAUGGCAAAUCGCAUGGAUCAGAGGCUGUUUGAGUCUUGCUGUUGAACAUAGUGGAACAUUAAGGUGAGUUACUGGAAUUGCAUGCCAUGCUUUGGAGCACAGGGAAGGAGAAAAUGACUUUGCUAUUUUUUUUGAGUAUUUAAGAUCUGCCUUCGAAGGGGGAUGUUUUGUGAUGGUAUGCUAAUGGCACUGGUAUGACCUGUGGGCUGCACUAAACAAAGGCAGGUAAAAUCUCUGUUCAGUGACCCUUGUCCAUUCUAGGGUCGUGCUUAAUCUGCGAUUGAAUCCUGCUUCAACUGUACCAUCAAGGUAGUCACAAAAUUACUGGGCUGCUUGAUGUCAUAUGAGAAUCAAAUCAUGCACCCCACAAAUACCAGGAUUUCAUCUUUUUCCUGGUUCUAACUUUUAUUUCUGCAAGUAAAGGCACAACUGAUGUCCCUGCCAAAAGUCUAGAUCUCCUGCAGGUGGCUUGCCCCACUGCUGGGGCUUUCGCAUUGUUUGGACGUGGUAAAUACAGGUGAGCAGAUCCUGUUUGCUUGGGACGUCCUCUCAAGUGUGAGCUGCUUUUUUCCU